AUGGUAGACGAACAAGCAAAGAGAACGACGCGAAGUAACCUGCCGAAAGCGGCCAAAACGACAGUAGCUGCGACAGAGGAUAACUCGAGUGGACCAGCCACUCCGUCUUUAGAGGGACCGCAAAAUGCACCUACACUGGCUUCGUCAACAGGGACCCAACGUCAAACCCUACAGGUGGAUUCCGAAAGUGACGAUAGCGACACUUUCAAAGAAACAGAGAUAUCAGAGGCGAACGCAGCAGAACGUCCGAGUACCGGCGUGAAAUAUAAAGAGAUUUUAUCGAACGUCCCUAAAGUCAUCACGACCGGAGAAGUAUCAGUCACCGGAACCGGCACUGAGCAAGUCGACGCAUCAAUCGAGAAGAAUCCAAGCAUCUCCUUGACCACACAAGAAAUAGACUCGGCAACGCUUUUAGACGUGCCAGCAGCGAAAUCAGAUAAAGCCAUUCUCUGGGACAAAAUCGCUGAAGCUGUAGCAGCCAACGAUAAAGUAAACGCGGAUUUCUUUAUCCGAUUGUAUUCACAAUUGAAUGACGAUUCCAUCCAACCGACGAAACCCGACAUCUUACGAUCUCGUUCGUCAGACGCGGCGAACCCGCUUAUAAACUCCUCAUCCUCCAAAAAGACGACCGACAAAACGGCCAUCAUCUUUGUCAGAGGGUCCUUACCGAAACAUUUCGACGUCGGCUUCACCCCUUACUUUGAUAAGAACAUCAGGGAGUUACGGGGACCAAUCCCGUUAACUAUUUUCGACAAGAAAUGGCAGGAAGAUGCCAUCCAAUUCCACACCACAAAGAGGUCAAAAGGAGAUGAAAAGGAGGGGAAUUACACCGGGUUCGAGUACCCAAACGAAUGGACUCAAACUUUUGCGAAGUGGACCGCAAAUCAUCGUAAUUUCCACGUCACGUUCAGAGAUCUAUACAACUACCCUGACUUCGCUGAGUGGAUUUUAGAACAUAAAGCAAAUGUCGAUAGAAUCAUUGCCGAGGACGGCUUCCUGGUAGGAUUCCGAUACGAUUUGAUCAUCAGACAAAACGCAUUCUCGUACCAAGUAGAGACGGAUUUAGGAACGUCGGCGGUGGACAUAUCCAUAUUCAGGAAGGAUGUUAAGAGAGAGGCUUGGAAGAUAACCCGAAAUCUAGACGAACUCGACUUCUCAGAUAAUCCGUACGCAAAAGACGGCCCUAAAUUCAACUUCGACCCAAAGACCGGCAAACCAAAGGUAUCGAAAAAAGCCGAUGAAGCCUCUCAUCAUACAGAUAAUAAGGAUAAUAGAAGUACGAGAGGCAGGGGAAAUUUUAGACAAAGGGGGUCUGAUCGAUUCCAUCAAGAGAGACGCAACUCAGAUUACGGAAGCUAUCGGGACGAAUCUUACGGGUACGAUUACACCGGUGGUUUCAACAAACGCCCACGAGACUUCCAUCAAAGCGAAGAAAACUCCCAAGGAAGACACGAAUACCUGACUCAACGCGGUGGUUAUGAACAUCGAGGGGGUUAUGGGAGAGAUAGGGCUGGCUCCAACAGAGGAGGUUCCUCUAAGGCGGGAGGAAGAAAUGAGACUCCCAAGGGAAAAGAUAAGGAGAAUUUGUAG